UGUUUUAACUUUUGUGUAAUCAUGGUAUAAGUUUUGAUUGGCGUACUUCAUCUUUUCUACGUUUUACUGUAUGCAAAUUGCUGAUACCUAGUGAUUUAAUUUAUUCUGUCGACUCUUUUUGAGAGGUUGGAAACUUACUGUCUCAAAAAUAAGCAGAAUUUCAGCAAUUUGCUCUGUGGUUCCAUUAAACAUUAAUUAAUACUUGAAUUAUUAACAACAAGGAGAAAUAUGUUGUCACUGGAACGUAUACCAGAUCAAGUUGGACAUUUAGUUUUGACAGAGGAUGGAGCUGUAUUAACGUCUGGAGGUGAACUAGAAAAUGAUGAAAGGGUUGCAAAUAUUAUUGUUGGUUUAGUCACCUUAACUAAUAAGAUUGAUCCUAAAGCAUUUCCCAACAAUGAGACUUUUGAUAAAAUAUCCAUAACAUAUCCAGAUCAUUGUUACAUUAUCUGUCUUUCAAACAAGAAGAUUCACAUAGUGAAGAAACUAAUUUCCUCUACAACUGCUAUUGUAGAACCACAACCCUUAAUUGAUGUAUAAAUAUUGGACUUUUGUAUCAUAUUAUCUAAAAAAAAUGUAAAAAAAAAAAA